UUUCAGUGCUGAACAUCAAUGUUUUUAAGGGGCCCGCCAGUGGAGCUUUUAUACAUCUCACUCACAACUUGAAAACCUCACAGUAGACAUAAAGAGAACAUGAACAAGCACAAUCACCCCCUCAGAUAACAAUUUCCAAUAUAUCUCCAGCUUCAGCUUCCUUUUCAAAGGACAAAACAAUGGGAAACCCCCUCCCAAACACCCCUCAAAUCAUCACCUCAGUAAUCUACCAGCUGUCCAAAUUCCAUCCACCACCACCACCCUCAAGCGCGGUAGCAGCACCACCUCCAGACCAGAAUAACAACAACAAUACGCAGCGUCAACAUCAGAACAACCCUCCUCCCACAGAAACACAUGAUAAUAACAACAACCCGCUCACCCAACUCCCUGCCCCCGUCCUCUCAAAAGUAAAACCCCUCCUCCUAACUCUACAUUGCCUCUUCCCCAACGAACUGCUCCUGGCUCUGGAUAUCCUAGACCGGAGGGGGAUAAAAAGAUAUGAAUAUGAAUAUGGCGAUGACUAUGACGAGGAUGUGUAUGAUCGAGGACAGGGGGCAGGAGAAGCAGAGCAACAGCAGCAGCAGCAGCAGCAGCAAUAUAGACGAGGAGGAAAUACAGACGGGGGGAUAUACUUUGUCAACUCUUUAUCCUCAUCUUCGAGCAUGAUGAAUACAACCAGACCAAAUACCAAUAAUGCCAAUAAUGCCAAUAAGAAUAAUAACCCCACCUCUAAAACCAAACCCCCCCACCUCGUCUGCCUAAACGCCUGGAACUGCUCCUGUCCCGCCUUUAGCAUGGCCGCAUUUCGAUACUUGGAUUCUGAUUCUGAUUCUGAUUCUGAUUCUCCCGAGCACACCACUGCUACUGCUACUGCUACAAGGACCACAACGGGGGCGGAAAAUAGUGACCAGGAAGAAGGAGAAGAGGUAGAAAAACACGACGGGAGAAAUAACCCUCCAUCCUCAACAUCAACAUCAACAUCAACAUCAACACCUACACCUGCCUUCCCAUUUGGCGGCACGCUAACCAGAGACUCGAUGAAGAAUACGCCCGUGUGCAAGCACCUCCUCGCCUGCUUGUUGGCGAACCAGUGUCCGGCGUUGUUUGGUCGUGGGGUUGGGAGGGUUUAUAUGGGUGGUGGUGGUGGUGAUGGUGAUGAUGGUCGUGGUGGUGGUCGGGAAAGGGAGCGGGAAGAGGUUAUGGCUGGGAGGUUUGCUCUGGUUUAAACUACUCCGUAUGCAGUCUUGGGUUCUUGAUUUUAAUGGAGGGGAGAAGGGGGGUUGGGGUUGGCUUUUCUUCUUGUUCUUGUUCUUGUUCUUGUUUCUCUCCAUCUCCCUCCUCCCCCGCUUUUUCCUUCAUCUCCUUGUAGAUCAGCAUAAAUCAGCGUUAUCAGUUGUGUUUUUGUCAACCGAGGCUAGCUCUCCUAUGUGUAUUCCAGCCCCUCUUCCUCCAGUGUUAACUAGUGGUGAUUGAGCUCUUCUGUCCCAGUAGCUGACAGUGUUUGGUUGGAGGUUCAUGACAACAUAUCCAUGAUAUUGCAUUUCUACAGGGUGUUACGGGGUAAGGGUCCGCUUGAGCGAGCAGCUUAAAGGGUAGGCUGUCCUGUGGCAGAUUGUAUUGUAUGUACAUACAAAUAGCUAUGGCCCGUCGGGUUAUUAUGAUCACCGGUUAUUCCCUAGCGCUGUAUUUUGUUCUACUAAACGAGGGUGGACCAGUGUACCGUACCUAGCUGUCCAUAGAUAUAUAUCAUCCCAUCACAUGAAAAUUAAACCGCACACCGAAAAAAAAAGGCCAGCGCAGGGCCAAAUCUCCAUUCAGUUGGUUACAACCACCAGCUGCAUUACUUUGAAAAGACUUUUCUGUGUGUCAUCAGAAAUAGAAGAGCAGGAAAAGAAGCCGUCCUUCAUACCCGCUCCAAGCUUUCUAUCUUGCUAACCCAAACCAAACGAUGUCCACUUUC